AAGCGGCCUAAAUGGGGUGAAGAGUGAGUUAUCUGACAAAUUUAGAUUUUGCAAACCUGUGCAUUGAUGAGAGUGCUAUUGAAACACAUUAACAAAGAUUUUCAACACACGAAUGUGUCAUUUCCUUUCUUCAUGUACCAGAUGCUGAAAUACUACGAGAUAAAGAUUUUAGGUUUCAGUUGUAAAGAGAGAAAAGUGGAUAAAUCAGUGCUGCUUUCUUUAGGACCAAAGAAGUAUGGAGCAGUGGGAUCCCUUUCGUGAUCAACAGGAGGACGUUGAUAGCUGCUCUGAAUCUGUGAAAUUUGACGCUCGCUCAAUGACAGCUUUGCUUCCUCCUAAUCCUAAAAACAGCCCUCCCCUUCAAGAGAAACUGAAGUCCUUCAAAGCUGCACUGAUUGCCCUUUACCUCCUUGUGUUUGCAGUUCUCAUCCCUCUCAUUGGAAUAGUGGCAGCUCAGCUUCUGAAGUGGGAAACGAAAAAUUGCUCCGUUGGUUCUACUAAUGCAGACGAUAUAACUCAAAGUCUUACAGGAAAAGGAAAUGACAGUGAAGCGGAAACGAGAUUUCAAGAAGUCUUUAUGGAACACAUGAGCAACAUGGAGAAGAGAAUCCAGCACAUUUCAGACAUGGAAGCCAAUCUCAUAGAUGCAGAGCAUUUCCAAAACUUCAGCAUGACAACUGAUCAAAGAUUUAAUGACAUUCUUCUCCAGCUAAGUACCUUGUUUUCCUCAGUCCAGGGACAUGGGAAUACAAUAGAUGAAAUCUCCAAGUCCUUAAUAAGUUUGAAUACCACACUGCUUGAUUUGCAGCUCAACAUAGAAAAGCUGAAUGGCAAAAUCCAAGAGAAAACCUUCAAACAACAAGAGGAAAUCAGUAAAUUAGAGGAGCGUGUUUACAAUGUAUCAGCAGAAAUUAUGGCUAUGAAAGAAGAACAAGUGCAUUUGGAACAGGAAAUAAAAGGAGAAGUGAAAGUACUGAAUAACAUCACCAAUGAUCUCAGACUGAAAGACUGGGAACAUUCUCAGACCUUGAGAAAUAUCACUUUAAUUCAAGGUCCUCCUGGACCUCCAGGUGAAAAAGGAGAUCGAGGUCCAACUGGAGAAAGUGGUCCACGAGGAUUUCCAGGUCCAGUAGGUCCUCCAGGUCUUAAAGGUGAUCGGGGAGCAAUUGGCUUUCCUGGAAGUCGAGGACUCCCAGGAUAUGCUGGAAGGCCAGGAAAUUCUGGACCAAAAGGCCAGAAAGGGGAAAAGGGGAGUGGAAACACACUAACCUCAUUUAAGAAAGUUCGACUGGUCGGUGGGAGUGGCCCUCACGAGGGGAGAGUGGAGAUACUCCACAGCGGCCAGUGGGGUACAAUUUGUGACGAUCGCUGGGAAGUGCGUGUUGGACAGGUCGUCUGUAGGAGUUUGGGAUACCCGGGUGUUCAAGCCGUGCACAAGGCAGCUCAUUUUGGACAAGGUACUGGUCCAAUAUGGCUGAAUGAAGUGUAUUGUUUUGGGAGAGAAUCAUCUAUUGAAGAAUGUAAAAUUCGACAAUGGGGGACAAGAACCUGUUCACAUUCUGAAGAUGCUGGAGUCACUUGCACUUUAUAAUGCACCAUAUUUUCAUUCACAACUAUGAAAUCGCUGCUCAAAAAUGAUUUUAUUACCUUCUUCCUGUAAAAUCCAUUUAAUGAAUAUUUAAGAGAUUAAGAAUAUUGCCCAAAUAAUAUUUUUAAAUUACAGGAUUAACAUAUUGAAAACCUUCAUAGUUACCAUUUAUAUCUAUAUUUAAACCAUUUUAACUUCUAUAGGUUUUUAAAUGGAAUUUUCUAAUAUAAUGACUUAUAUGUUGAAUUGAACGUAUUGAAGUCUAUAGCUUCCAGAUUACAAAGGCCAAGUGUAAUAGAAAUGCAUAACAAUAAUUGACUCCAAUUCAUAAUAUGUUCAUCAGGAGAUUACAAUUUUUUGCUCUUUUUGUCUCUGUAAUCUAUUUAGUUGAUUUUAAUUACUUUCUGAAUAAUAGAAGGAUUCAGAAGAUAGCUUUUGUGCCUAGACUGCAAAACCUGCAAUCCACACAUAUUAUUUUAAAAGAAGGAUGUUAUCCAACUAUUAAGAUAUCUCAGUGUGCAAUAACUUGUGUAGUAGAUAUCAAUGUUAAUGAUAUGUCUUGGCCACGAUGGACUAGGGAGCUUAUUUUUCUUGUCAUGUAUUGACAACUGUUUAAUUGAAUGAUGAAGUAAAUUGAAAGCAGAACGUAUGA